AUGUUUAAAUCUUUCAGACGUUUUCUUUGGAGCAGAAAAAGCGUAACAGGGUUAUUUACUAAGAAUAGACCUAAGAAAAUAUGGGAAGAAAAAAUCGACGCUUCAAAAUCAUUUGUAAUGAGCCUUUUUAAAAGCUGUCCAGAAAUCGCGCAAGUUUUCCCAUUUCCCAAUGUUAUGCAGGCUAGAGACAAGGAAAAUUUGGAAGCGAUGGUCAAUACCGCCAAUAAAUUUCUUGUGGAAAUGAACGAUGCAGCCAAAAACGACGAACGAAGCAAAUUUGGCGAGACUGCAUUGAAAAAACUCGCCGAGUUAGGAUUUUGCGGUUUGCAAGUACCAGAGCAAUAUGGAGGACUUGGCUUAUCAAGCACACAGUAUGCGAGGUUGAUUCAAGAGAUUGGCGGGUUUGAUUUGGCACUUGGCGUUACUCUUGGCGCUCAUCAAGCGAUAGGCUUUAAAGGUAUAUUGUUAUACGGGAAUGAUGAUCAGAAGAAGAAGUAUUUACCGCCGUUGGCGGCAGGAAAGCGAAUUGCUGCGUUCUGUUUGACGGAAAAGGAAAGUGGUUCAGAUGUUAAAGUUCUGAAAUCUCGUGCAAUCCCGUCUCCAGAUAAAACGCAUUUUAUACUAAAUGGAAGCAAGCUUUGGAUUACCAAUGGCGGUAUCGCUGAUAUUUUCACCGUCUUUGCCCAAGUUCCCGUUGAAACACCUUCUGGAAUUGCAGAGAGGAUGACAGCGUUCAUUGUCGAGCGUGGUUUCGGUGGCGUCAAAAGUGGCAAACCUGAGCAGAAAAUGGGGAUCAAGGCAUCCAACACCACAGAAGUCUUCUUCGAUGACUGCAAAAUCCCCAGCGAUAAUAUCAUCGGCGAGAUCGGAGACGGGUUUAAGAUUGCAAUGAACAUCGUGAACAGCGGAAGAUUCGGAAUGGCGGCAAUUUUGUCUGGUACCAUGAAAGCUGCCAUAGCAGAAGCGACGAAGCAUGCCGCUAACAGACUUCAAUUCGGAAGACUCAUUUGUCAUUUCGGCGCCAUACAAGAGAAGAUUGUAAGGAUGUGUAUGGCUCAAUACACUGCAGAAUCGAUGGCUUACAUGAUAGCAGGCAACAUGGACAAAAACUGUGCAGAUUUUCACUUGGAAGCCGCCAUUACCAAGAUCUUUGCUUCUGAAGCAGCUUGGUACGUCGUAGAUGAAGCCAUUCAAAUUUUAGGUGGAAAUGGCUACAUGACAGCUUCUGGUCUGGAACGGGUGCUUCGUGAUCUGAGGGUGUUUCGAAUAUUUGAAGGAACGAACGAAGUUCUGCGAGUUUUCGUCGCUCUCUCUGGUUUCAAGUACGCAAGAGAACAUUUCGAACACUUUCAGGAGUUGACUAAAAGUCCUUCGAAGGGAACUGGAUUGGUGCUCAAAAUUAUUGCAAAGCUUUUGAAAAGAACGUGGGGUUUGGAUGGUCAACGCUUUGCUAAAACCAUCCAUCCUGAUCUAGAAGAUUCCGCGCACUUGCUGUCGAAAUGUAUAAAUGAAUUCGGUGACACCAGCGAGCUGUUGCUCGCUGAACAAGGGAAAAACAUUACUAAUAAUCAGUUUUUGCUCACAAGAAUCACCAAUUCUGUGAUUGACGUCUACGCCAUGGCAUGUGUUCUUUCUCGUGCCACAUACGCAUUGAAUGAAUCCGUUCCUUCCGCUGCAUAUGAAGGGAAAAUGGCAAAACUGAUAUGCACCGAGGCAUCAGAGAGAAUCUUUCAGAACUCAAAAAUUCUGAGGUCUAGUGAUAAAUUAACCAAUUUUAAACAAAUUAGUUCACUUGCUGAAGAUAUUGUAAAAUUUGGGGGAGUCAUACAGUGCAGCCCUUUGGAAGUGUAA